UUAAAAUAUUUUAGAUAUGGACUCUUUUUAAAUCGUCUAUAAGAGCAUUCUCUUCCUCUUGCAAAAACUGUAUCAAUCUCUCGCACUUCUAUUUGAAAGAAACCCAAUAAGGAAACAAAAGAAUGUAUUCGAUUAGUGCUGAAGAUUUAGACAAGCCUCAUGCAGUUUGCAUACCAUAUCCUGCCCAAGGCCACAUUAGCCCUAUGUUAAAGUUAGCUAAAAUCCUGCAUCACAAUGGCUUUCAUAUUACCUUUGUCAACACUGAACACAACCAUAAGCGUCUCCUUAAGUCUCGAGGACCAGAUUCUGUCAAAGGGUUGCCAUCUUUUCAAUUCGAGACCAUUCCUGAUGGCCUCCCACCAUGUGACCCCGAUACCACCCAAGACAUUUCUUCUCUAUCUGAAUCUACUACCAAUUCUUGUUCAGUUCCUUUCAAAGAGUUGCUUACAAAGCUCAAUAAUACUUCUUUAUCUAAUGUGCCACCAGUCUCGUGCAUCGUUUCCGAUGGUGCGAUGAGCUUCACUCUAGCUGCUACUCAAGAUUUGGGCAUCCCUCAAGUCUUCUUUUGGACCCCAAGUGCUUGUGGUUUAUUAAGUUACAUGCAUUACCGCGAUCUUGUUGAGAAAGGAUACACUCCCCUUAAAGAUGAAAGUUACUUGACAAAUGGGUAUUUGGAGACAACUUUGGAUUGGAUACCAGGCAUGAAAGGAGUACGUUUUAGGGAUCUUCCAAGUUUCAUUAGAACUACAAAUCCAGAAGAAUACAUGAUCAAAUUCCUCAUCCAAGAAACUGAAAGAAGCAAAAUGGCUUCAGCUAUUGUUCUUAAUACAUUUGAACCAUUAGAGAGGGAAGUUCUUAAAUCCCUUCAGGCCCUUCUUCCUCCGGUCUAUGCCAUAGGGCCCUUGCAUCUUCUUAUGGAGCACGUCGAUGACAAGAACUUGGAGAAAUUGGGAUCCAAUCUUUGGAAAGAAGAUCCAAAGUGUCUAGAAUGGCUAGAUUCCAAGAAACCAAAUUCUGUUGUGUAUGUCAAUUUUGGAAGCAUCACUCCCAUGACUCCAAACCAACUUACAGAGUUCGCCUGGGGACUUGCCAAUAGCCAGGUGGAUUUUUUGUGGAUUAUAAGGCCUGAUAUUGUAUCAGGCAACAAAGCCGUUCUUCCCCCAGAAUUCCUGGAAGAAACUAAGGAAAGAGGGAUGCUAGCAAGUUGGUGCCAGCAACAACAAGUCCUUAGCCACGUCGCAGUUGGAGGGUUCUUGACUCACAGUGGAUGGAAUUCGACACUAGAAAGUAUUAGCAGUGGGGUGCCAAUGAUCUGUUGGCCGUUCUUCGCAGAACAACAAACAAAUUGUUGGUUUUGUUGCACUCAAUGGGAAAUUGGAAUGGAAAUCGAUAAUAAUGUGAAAAGGGAUGAAGUUAAAAGUCUUGUGAGAGAGUUAUUGACAUGGGAGAAAGGCAAUGAGAUGAAGAAAAAGGCAUUGGAAUGGAAGAAAUUGGCUAAAGAAGCAGCUAAAAAACCAGGCGGAUCAUCUUAUGUGAACAUAGACAAACUGAUCAAUGAAAUUCUCCUCUCCUCCAAAACCACCAGGCAAUAUUAGUACUAAUCAAUUAUUGGUUGAUUUUUAUGUUCUUUUCCUUUUGUUGAGAUCCCAUCGGAUUUCUAAUAGUACUUGUUUCCCUGCUUUCAUUAUACCAUAUGAUAAAUAAAAUAAAAAUU